AGCCAUUGGUCACUAGUUUAAGGGGGAGCUCUAGUUUUGAAUUAUUCGGCUUGGGUGGUCCGAGCAAGGAAGGUACGGCUGCUCUCUUAGACGCUCUAGCCGCUUGGUUUUUCGUGCAUCGGCGGAGGACUUACCCGUCGAUGCUUGCAGCACAAUUGUUUGAUCCUCCAUUACAGAAAGGAUGUCGCACUCGCCAUCAUCACUCCAUUACACCUCGACCCACUCCUGCGGUUUCAGCCCGGUCAGCUGGCGACGGACCAACAACACUCAUUACUGCAGUGAGUAAACCGGACUCAUUUGUUUCUAUUAAUCCUGUCAUUGAAAAUGAAAACACAGAUGAACAGCGGAGGACGGUUUCCAUACACCUGGCCCCGCCUUCACGGAGGAGAAGGCGUCCUCGCAAGCAGCGUUCAGCCACAUCUACACUCACUCCUGUGCCGGUUGAAGACUCAGGACCAGCGGCUCUGGACGCCACAGUGAGUAAAAUGGACUCUGCCGGUGUUGUAAAUUCCCUUCCUGUGAACACGGAAAUAGAGACUAUAGCCACUAUGGCAAUUAACAAUGGAGAAACUGUAAGAGGUGUAACUGAACUCCCAGUGGAGAUUUUUGGACCACCGACGGACGAAUGUGGUCUGAGUGCUAAUUCUGGGGCAGAAUUUUGCAUAGUCAGCCCUGAGAUAGUUAGCUCAGAGUCGGUGGGGUCAGUAACUGUUUGCUUUACCUCCAAAAGGUCAGAAGAAGUUCACUCUGAGACUGUGAACUUGGAGCUAGGGAGGUCAGAGCAUACGGACCCAGAUGACUUUUUGGCCCAGACUGGCCGUAUGGAGACAGAAGUUCUCCCCAGGGCUUCCCCAGAGGCUGAACUGGAGGCCUCAGUUGCCUCUGGACCCCUGGAAUUUGUUGAGCCAGCUGUAACAUUCUCAUCCUCUCCGCCCUUCAUAGUAGCCACAUCACCCUCCACUCAGUCUGCUGCCCAGCUAGUCACUCAGUCUGCUGCCCAGCUAGUCACUCAGUCUGCUGCCCAGCUAGUCACUCAGUCUGCUGCCCAGCUAGUCACUCAGUCUGCUGCCCAGCUAGUCACUCAGUCUGCUGCCCAGCUAGUCACUCAGUCUGCUGCCCAGCUAGUCACUCAGUCUGCUGCCCAGCUAGUCACUCAGUCUGCUGCCCAGCUAGUCACUCAGUCAGUCUCUCAUCCUCGUCCUCAGUUGGAGGUCGAUAUGCCUGGUGGACCAACUCUGCCAUCAUUUCACCCGUCUGUUGUUUCUGCAUCACUGUCCAGUUUACCACGAGUAGCUGCCACACCAUCAUCACCUCCACCCUCUGCAGCUACUUCUCCACCAGCGUCCCAUCGGACUGCAGCGACCGCAGCACUCUUGGCCUCACCAUCCACAUCACCCGCUCGACCAUCAUCUGCACCACCUGCAGCUACCGCGUCGCCAUCUUCACCUCCGGAUCAUCCAUCUAUAGCCGCUCCGCAGCCGGAGGAGCCCGCCUCGCCGACUGUGGAGCCCGCCUCGCCGACCGUGGAGCUCAGCGAGCCGGAGAAGCCCGCGCCGCAGCCGGAGGAGGAUCUCAGUGAGCCCGAGCUGGAGCUCAGCGAGCGGGAGGAGCCCGCGUCGCAGCCGGAGGAGGAUCUCAGUGAGCCCGAGCUGGAGGUCAGCGAGCGGGAGGAGCCCGCGUCGCAGCCGGAGGAGGUGCUCAGCGGGCCGGAGAAGCGCGCACCGCCUGAGCUGGAGCUGCAGGGGCCGGAGCUGCAGCUGCAGCUGCAGCCGGAGCAGGAGCUCGGCGAGCAAGAGGAGUGCCCGCCAUCGAGAGAGGGGCUCGGCAGGCCGGAGGAGUGCGCACAGCCAUCGGAGGUCGGCGGGCGGGAGGAGUCCGAUCAGCCUACGCGGGGGGUCAGUGUGCAGGGUCCACGUCCGGUACGCCCUCCACGUCGUCCACGUCCGGCGCGCCCUCCACACCAUCCACGUCCAGCGCGUCCACGUCAGCGACCAGCGCGUCAUCGGCCAUGUGCCACACCUCGCUGUUGCUCACUAGAGCAGCGCCGCUGCCACCGGAUCCGUGGCCGUCCGCCGGAGCUGCGGCACCGCCACCAUUGCACCCGUGGCAGGCCGCCUGAAGUUUUCUGUUGCUAUCACGGGACCCGAGAGGAUGUCAAGCACCUGCAGACCUGGUGGGUGUGGCCCUGCUGGCGGCCUGGCCACACCCAAAGCCACACACCUGCUGCUGAUCAGGGCUCGUCGGGGGAGCUACUUAGGAGAGUCUUGGAGCUCCCACCGACGCGGGAUCAUUGCGUUAGACUCCACGAGAAGUGUGGUGCGCCAGACAGCAGCCAGCACGCGGAGUGCUGAGACACGGGAGCGGAGAGCACUGAGACACGACACGGGAGUCAGGGGAAAUCACAGGGGAUUUAUUGUCAUUAUUCCAUUCACUGUAAAUAAAGAGCACCGUUUGCAUCGUAGAGUACCGCGACUGGGUCCUCCUUUCCCCACAUCCCCACGGUCCGCCAUGC